CAAGGAAUCAAGGUGCCGUUCUUUUGUUUGACGAUUUAUUUUAUUAUUCGGAUUAGAUUUAAACAGUUAUCAUAGUUUAUGCCUUUGUUUAUCAAAUGUAGUUUUAGUUGAUUAAUUUUGUCCAACGGUCGUCGUCCCUCGAGAACCGGGAAUAGCUUGAGAAAAAUCUCGACUUCUUUGUGCCCAGCGGUGGUGAUCAAAAUCAAACCAAGGCUGAAGCGGCUAAUCUUCAAACGACUAGCCGGCUAUGAGGCAUAACAUUGCCCAAGAGGUGGACAAUCGCGAUUGUGACUCUUCCAGCAUGGAAUCGGGUUCACCUAAGAAACGGACGACUGUCAGGAAGUCAAAUCCAAAGCUUGACUUUUCAAGUGAUUCAGACACUCCACAUAGAAAGCUCAGGCCGAGGAGAAAUGAAAAACUGAGCGAAGCAGUCAUCCAAAAGCCAGGAGAUGUUGGAAAUGACAACAGACAUGGAAGUGAUUUUGACAGUAAAUUGAAGGUCAUUAUUGAGCCUGAAGACUUCGUCUCAACAGAUUUUGGGAAAUCAAACAAGAUGCACUCAGAUGAAAAUGUUGUCAUCUUAAAGAGAAUGAUGGACCAUAUCGUUUCAAUAAUGUCUGAUGAUGAACAUAAGCCACAGCUUGAAAAAAUGUAUGGCGAAAGUGAAAUCCUUGAAGUUAAAAACUUGAUCAAGAGUGGUGGAAAUGACAGAGAAAAGGUUUACCAGAUUUUGAAACCAUCCACUCUUAAGAUCUACAAGAAUCUGAACCAGCCAGAACAUAUUGGGUUGUUUAAAGGGUGUGACAUAUUCUCUUUGAAAUCUAGCCCAAGUCAUAAUGAGAAAGUUAACCAGAUUGUUGCAGAAUUACUUCAAAGUUGUAGCCCAGACAACAAACAAAGUACAUCAGAAAAUGUCAAAAAGGACAAAUUUAUUAAACGUCUUUUCACCACAAACAAUCAAACUAAAGAAAUUAGUGAAUCAGAAACUAAAAUUCUGGAUAAUGAAACUGGCAUUAGUGAAAAUGGAAAUAAAACCAGGUCAACUAAUAAAAAUAGAAGACACAAAUUGACUAAUCGAAGAAAAAAGGCCAAAAAAAUUAUGAAGGGCCAAUUACAAGCUGAAUCCUCUCCAAUGAUUCAAGAGCCAGAUGUGUUAGAAUUAACAGAGCUUACCAAUAAUAAUAAAAACGAUGUUUUAAAAGAAAACAUCGAUCAUACCUUUGAAAAAGAAGAAAACUUUCUUCCACAGAAUUUUAGUAUUGCAUCACCUAAAUUUUAUCUCACCCAAAAUAAAAAAGGUAUCCAUAAGUUAAUUGGCCGUAAAGAUUUUGUGCAAGAAGUCAUAGGAAAUGUUGUAAUUUGUGGAGAAACAGAGAUAGAAGGCAGUAAUCGUAUUGUACUUUCAAAUGAUGACAUUGAGCUGGAUCAUCAAACAGAAAAGAAGGCAUUUAACAGUUCUAACGCCAAUAAGGAUUUCGUGAAUGACAGUUCAAGCUCAGAUAUUGAACUCAAGAAAGAGAUAUCUCUUGCUACAAGUAAAGAACUUGUGCGCCGUAAUGUAGAAGUUAUUGAAAUAUCAGAUGAUUCUAGCAACAGUGACAAAGAUUUAGUGAAACACAACAAUUUGAAUGUAGAAAGUCAUGAAAUUCUUUCUCCUCAAGGAAGUCCUUUGUGUGAAGAUGGCAUUAAUAAACUUACAGAUCAGAUUAAAUUGUCUGGUUCAAAAGAAAAUUGUUUUUCUGAACUUGAUUCGAGUAGGAAAGUCAGCAAUACAAGUGCAGAAACAAACUUGAGGAAUUCUCCAAAAAAUUGUAUUAAAACAAACAAAAAAUUAAAAGUGGAAGAUUCUUCUGAAUCUAGUUGUUCUUCUAACAGUGGUAGCGAUGAUGAAUCAGCCAAGGAGGACAUACAAAAUCCAAAUUUAGAAAUAAUUACACAAAAGGACUUAGAAUGUAAUGAAGCCCUUCAAAUGCAUACAAGUGAUCAAUUAAAACAAUCAAUUGAAGAAGAUAAUUCAAUUAAAUUAACUACUAAAUACAAUAAUACAAUAGAACAAAGCAUUCAUAAAGAUCAGAAAUUGCCAAAACACAGUGCCAAAGAUCCUGAACUCCUAAAGGAAUGUUCACCAUUCAUGGAUCGUUUCAAAGAAAAAAAAUCAAAUAAGUCAAACGCUGAAGUUCAGCUUAAUAAACGUAAAAAAGAAAUAAAAAGGCAUAAAGUGACAGAGAGAAACCAUAAUAAAUUGUUAAAUGAGAAACAAGAAAUGGCUGAGCACAAAUUAAAACAUGACAAUGAAGCACCUAAGAAAGAUAAGAAAAAAGAAAGAAAAAAACGAGGAAGAACAAAUAUGAAUCAAAACGAAUCAACUAAAACAUCUAAAAAACCAUUAGAAAUGGCUAAUACAACAAAAAAUAAUUCCUCCAUUUCUGAACCACACAUUUCAAGAAAAAGAACAAGUAAAAAGUUGUCUAAAGAUAACACUGACCUAGAUGAAACAAUGGAACUCCUAUCAAAGCCAAACACUUCUUCCAGAGCAUCACCAUUGAUAAAAAAGGAAUGCGAAAAGCAAAUGAAACAGAAAACACUUUUAAAAACAGUAAUUACAAAACAGGAGGACGAAGAGGUAGCAACUCGUUUGCCCGGAUAUGAAACAGAUAGUAGUGAAAAUGAACCAACAUUUAACAACGGCGAGGUAAAUUUGAAUAAAACGAGCCCAAAUCAUUGCUAUGAGAUUAAGUUCAAUUCUGAUAAUUUUGAACCUAAUCAAAAUGAUUAUAUUGCAUUGGAAUACGAUAUCGGCAACAAUUCUGAUUCUUCUUACGAAAAGAUGAUCAAGGAAAUAAAUAGUGCAAAACUGGAGAAAAUAAACAAUGGGAGUAAAGAAAAUGUUGCUUGUUUAAAUGAAGAGAGUAAUGAAGCUACUUUUGAAACUUCAGUAGGAUCCAAAAUAAAUGGAUCUGACAAGUUUACGAAGGGUCAAAAGGAAUUGGACCAUUUAGACCCUGAAAUGGUCCCAACUUUAAUUGUUGGGAAAGAAGAUGACGAUGAUGAUGACGAUGACGAUGACAUAUUAGAUUUAUUAACUCCAAAUUUGGACAACAUGUUUAACCAAAAUGAAACAAAUACCAAAAAUCCUCUAAAUUCACAAGAAUAUAGUUCUUUAACAAUGUUUCAAGAAGGGAGCAAAGAAAGAAAUCAAAUUUUAACUUCUCCCUUCGAGACAAAUUUAAAUUCUAAUAGUAGUUUAUUACACUGUAAACUAAAUUCUGCAUUUAAUGAUUUUCACCCUUUGCCUUUUAAUAACUCAGUAGUAAAAUCACAGAGAUACAGUCAUGAUAAUUCAUGUCCUUUAGUUAAUUAUAAAUCAAAUUCAAAUUUACAAACACCAGAAAAAAAAAUGCUUAGAAGAGAGAACCUAAGAAGAGAGAAGAUAACAGGAACAGAACUCAUUGAUCAUUGUAAAAAAAGGUUUAGAUAUGAUAACACCGUUACUAAAUGUAUUGAAAUACAAGAAAGUAAUUGUAUGACAUCAGAUUCUAAUUUUAAAAAAGAGGUAGUAAAAUCCCCAAAGGUUCAUUUUCUUCCGAACUUUCCUGAUUAUAAAAACAAAGAUAAUUCUGAUUUUGAUUUUUCACUUUGUUCAACAUCUCCCUCUAUUUCUUCUUCACAAGAGGACAUCUAUAGAAAUAUGUACUGUGACAAAGAUUCGUACCAUUAUGAUUGUUGUUUGGAAGUUGAAAAGGAGGACACCUCGGUCUUCACCAACAAUGAAAUACUAGUUAAAACUGCAUACGUUAAUAAUGAACCCAUUGGUAUAAUGUGUCCAAUUGAUGAAGGGUCAUUUUUUUCUUACAAAGACAAAUAUCAAAUACGGUAUACUCCAGAAUUAUUUGUUCGCAAAAUGAAGAUAAAAGUUCGCCAACAAAUGGAGCUCCUGAAAAAACCUUUUAUGGACAACGUCGUUAAAAAUUUUAUGAACAAAAUUUGUGAAGAAUACUAUAAAAACGGGAAUUGCUGUUCUCCGUUAUGCGUUAAAAAACAUUUGUUACCAAAAGAGUGGUACAACAUGAUGGCUGAUGAAGAGGCAUGGGCAAUUACUAAUCUUAUUUUAACACAAGCAGCACAACCUCCUGUAUCAUUCUGCUGUUCAGUUUUGGAGUGGUUAGGUGAAGUUAAGAAGUGUAAAAUGAAGAUUAUGUUGGUGACUGAAUAUUUCCGCCGAAUAAAGACAUUUGAAAAUUGUAGAACAGUUUGGCUAGCUGUUUUAAAGGCACUUACAAUUUCUGGUUUUCACGAGUGGGAAGCUGUGUGUUGCGUACUGUUAUAUUUUUACACUGAUACAUGCCCUUCAGUUACAAGAAACAUCAUGAGGUAUAUUGGAUUAGAAAAAAGAGUGUAUCCAAACAUGUGGCAAUCGUUACAACCUUUGGUUGAAAUCGGUUUUCAGCUGCCGAACACUAUAAUCAGAUCACUGCUUGAAUUACUCUGUCAUGACAAAAAUAACAAUUUUUCCAAUGAUGCAAUUUUAUUAAUUGGCCUACAGGUGAAGAAGAUGAAACCGAUGAAUUUGCAAAGAAUGGAUACACUGAUACAAAAAUUCUUGGAAAUUCACAAACAAAUUUUUCCUGUGAAGAUGCCGCUCAAGAGCUGUUUAAAAGAAGCCAAUAAACCAAGAGAAGAGCAUAAUUUAUCAAGAAAAAGAUCACAAACUUUCUCAACAGAGGAUCAUCCUUUGUUGAAAAAGCCCUUGAUAUUGAACACGGCCAAUAGCACAUCUCCCAAUAUUAGAGGUGUUUAUGAGGUCGAAAAAGUGAAAGCUGCGUUGCUGAGAUCGUUUAAGGCAAAAAACACCCCAGAUAUUGCCAACAUACUUUUUAAAUACGGUGGAAAGAAAGAGUAUGAAGUCAUACUUGCGGAGGAGCUUUUCACUUUAAUUCAACCGGAAAAAAAUGCAUUCCAGCUGAUCAAGGACAUUAUUCAUGAAAUCCGAAUAAGUGGAAAUAUGAAACACAGCAUAUUAAUUAUGGCACGUGUCUGCAUUACAUUUAUGCUACAUUUUGUCAUAAACUUUAGCGACUGGAAAUUGGCUUUCGAUUUUCUUCUGCUUAUUCGGGAAAAUCACUUAAACCCAAUCAUAAUGAAGCCGGUUUGUUAUGAAUACAGUGAAUUGAGAAUUGCGAUUACUUGUUCUGAAAUUAACUUCUACAACAAGCAUUACAAUUCUGCUAUUGCAAUUUUGAUAAAUAAUAAGCUCUUAUAUGAAGACAGUUCAAAAUGGCAAAUCAGCGGUAGCUCAAGGGAAUUCCACUUUGUUAAACAAAUUAUACAAUUCCUUUUUAUCAACUUUAACUCAGCCAAAAUGGUCGAUGUGUCGUAUACACUAUUUAAAAGCACAAUGAAAUCUCAGAAUAGUUUACGUGUACCAAUAGAUCUACUUGAUUUUUAUGAACCUUUACUGUGCAAUAUGUUUGAAAAGUUUGAUAAAUAUAAGCAUAAAUUACUUUCGUUUUACAUACAAGUCAAUGAAAUUGACUCAACUGUGCAACUAACUGGUCUGUCAUACAGAGUCUUGGUCAUCGUAGCAGUUAGAAAUGACAACUUUGAGGUUAUAAAAGAUUUAGUUUCAAAAGCAAUCAGCACAUACGUUUACCCCAUUCUAGAGGAUAAAGAGAAUGUUAUUACAUUAAACACCUGCUUGCUUCAAGAAGAAAUGAAAGCUUAUUUAGUGGAAUGGUUCCGCUGGGAUUUAAACAAAAGCAAGGAUAGGUCAUUCUUAAAGCAUAAUGUUCAGAUUCAAUUUAAAUUAUCAAAAACAGAUGAUUUUAUUGAAUGUGAGCAACUUCCAGUGCCAAUGAUUCUCAACUCAGUCGAUCCAUCAUUAAAUUGUGCAGUGCGGCGUCUGCAAGCCGUUCUCUCAGAGUUUACAAAGGUUCCUUUCCAGGCGCUUAACAUAAAAAUGAAAAAUGAUGCCUUGUACGUUCCACCUGAAACAACUAAACUGCUUAUCAAAUCAGCAAAGAAGAUGUAUUAAGGAGAUAAAGGUUUUUAAAACUUUUGAGAAUCAAGUCAUUGUUAUACAGAAGAUUUUUUAUAAUUGUACAUAACUGUAUAAUGGUGUACAUUAUAUUUUAAAAUAUGGUUACCUUGCGAAGAAAAGUGUAUUUGAGAAGAAAAUUGUUUUAUUUGUAAUAGUGUUUAAUGAACCAAUAUUACUAAGAAAACAAAUA